AUCGUUGUAGUUGUGGGGGCGGGACUAGCAGGACAUGCCCUACGUGGAUUGGACCUGGAGGUUUUGACAUCAUCCGAAAGGCGUGGUCAUGUCUAAUAAAGCCGAGAGCCGUCGCCGCACCCGCAGUAAGUUCCACCGCAGUUACAGUUCCGGGUGGUUCGCGUGAGGCGGAGCUCGACAGUUCCGUCUGCUUCAGCCGCAGCGUCUCCCUGCCUGUCUCGUUGCGUUCUCCAGAGAGGGGACGGACCUCCACUUCCUCUUUCAGAAAAAUGUCUGCUCCAGCUCAGCCACCUGCUGAAGGGACAGAAGGGGCUGCCCCAGGCGGGGGUCCUCCUGGUCCUCCUCCCAAUACGACCAGUAACAGACGAUUACAGCAAACCCAGGCCCAAGUGGAGGAGGUGGUCGACAUCAUGCGUGUGAAUGUGGACAAGGUCCUGGAGAGGGACCAGAAGUUGUCAGAGCUGGAUGACCGAGCUGAUGCCUUGCAGGCUGGGGCAUCACAAUUUGAAAGCAGUGCUGCCAAGCUAAAAAGGAAGUACUGGUGGAAGAACUGCAAGAUGAUGAUCAUGCUGGGAGCUAUCUGUGCCAUCAUCGUGGUAGUCAUUGUAAGCCUAGGAAAGACGUACUUUCUGGUUUUAAAAACACCAGGGCACUCUUCCCUUCUCCCAGAAGCCGUCCCACACGCUUCGCCUCAUGUCAUUUAAAGCAUUUGAUGCUGCUCAUGAAGGUACCAAAUAAUUUUAGGGAAUCGGGGGCUUUGAAAAUAACAGGCUUUCAGGACCGUGCUUCUUGCCGUCUCACUAGUGAGAGUCCUGUCCCGCCCUUGGUGUUGGUUAUGAGAGAGAAGUGAGAGUCACAUGGUAAGACCCCCAGGCUCCCACAGAACGCUUGCUUUCCUCCACACUGCCCUGUGUGUAAGUGGAUGAGGCUAGAGAGUUAGAGAAGUCCACAGCCCCCACGGCUCAGUUCUGGACAGGAGGCUCCAGGCUGUGCCGUCGCACCGCGCUGCUGUGCUGUGAGGCAUGGGCCUCGCAUCCGUAGCUGCCUGCCACUCUUCCGUUAGUUCUCUGCAGCCGCUGUGCCCGUCCGUUCUGCAUCGCCUCAUGUCUUUCAUUCCCUAUGCAUGCUCUGUGUGUUUGCUGGAACUGGAGAUAGAGCUGCUCAGUCUGUCUCGGGAGCUUCUGCUGGGCCUCAGGAUAGGAUGCUGCAUGGGAUGAAGGCAGGUGCUGAGGGGAGGCACGGGCUCCUCUGGCCCACAAGUAGGAAGAGGCGGGGCCGUGCUGGGCUGGGUGCCCACUUCCCGCACGCAUGCGCGCGCAGCAGCAUUUCAUUCUGUGGAACAUCCUCCCUUUCCCUUUGCCCAUUUCCCAUGAUCCCUUCGUGCUGCCGAAGGGCAGGACUGAAGAGCUGGAGGAAAGCAGUCAGUGCACCCUCCCCGUGUCCCCCGACGGUCUCCACCGUCCUCUGGGCCUCCCUUUGCCUGGUGCAGGGGCUCACCACUGGAGAAGAACCACCACUGUCCUCGCUGUGGCCCAGCCUGAGCAGUUACCACUGGCCAGCACAGGAGCGAUCUCCUGGGUUCUGUCUCUCUAAGGCUUGGGUGUAGUUGGCUUGGUUCUUCUGGGGUGUUAGUCCUUCUACUUUCUAUCUCAGCUCACCCCGAACCCCUCUGUGUCGCUGCAGUCUUUUUUCCCUCCCACCCAUGUGCAUGAGCAAAUCUGCAACUAACCCUGGGACUUUGCAGCCAACUGAAGCCAAGCUUCCCACAUCUCCUCUUUGUUUGCCAUGAGAUGAUGUGGGGUUUCCAUCGUGUCUGUCAUUACCUCUGUCUCUUUCCUAACCAGUCUCACAGUUUAUGUAUAGUAGUAAGAGUUGUACUUCCACCAAAGGCAUGUGACAUAUUUACCAAUCUCAUGUAUUCUCAACAAAGGCGAAAAAUACAAAUUCCUACCACAACAUCGACUGGAUUGUUGUUUGGGAUGUGGGGGAGGGGAGAAGAAGGUGUUGUCGAUUUUGGCUCGAGGCCAGGCCAGAUUCUUUGAUCCUCCUCUGUGUGGCAGCGGAAGUGGUCUGCUCUCAGCCCUCACACCUGAAGCAGCCAGCCCUGAUGUGCUGGGGAGAGGAAGGCUGACAGGAAGCUGAGUGGGCACCGCAUGCUGGCAGACCGCUGCAGGCCUCUGGGCCUCUCUCUCUCCAUCUCUCUCAGUUUGCACCUGCUUGUCACGUGCAAACUUGUCACGGGUUGGACCUGGAGGAGGCUUCCAGCCAGCACCUCCUUGAUCCGCACUCAGUCUGCUCCCUCUUCAGCUUCCGCUCCUCAGUUUCAGGUCUAUUUUCUUUAGUUUUUCUUUUUCUUUUCUUCUCUUUAUUUUCCUUUUUUGUUUGUUUGUUUGUUUGUUUGUUUUGGUUUUUGAGACAGGGUUUCUCCGUGUAGCCCUGGCUGUCCUGGAACUCACUCUGUAGACCAGGCUGGCCUUGAACUCAGAAAUCCACCUGCCUCUGCCUCCCAACCUUCUUUGGUUUUUCAAGACAGGGUUUCCAGUGUGUGCUUGCCUCAAAAGUGGGUUUUCCGUACUAAUUCUUCUGAAAUAGCAAGUUCACUUUGAGAUCUAUUCCUAUUUAUUGUAUGCGUGUGUUUGCAUAUAUGUAUUUAUACCACAUGUGUGCCUGGCAUCCAGUUCCCCUAGGAUUGGAGUUACAGGUGAUUGUGAGCCGCCUUGUAGGCGCUAGGAAGCAAACCCAGAUCCUCUGCAAGAGCAACCAGUGCGCCAACCACUGGGCCAUCUCGCCAGCCUUACUUCCACUCCUUUUAAGACAUUUAAGACAUCUGUUCCUAAUAAUGUCUGCAAAAACUAGAUUCUAAACUUACAAAAACUUUUUUUUCUCAAGACAUGGUUUUUCUUUAUUGCUCUACUGCCUUGGAAUGUACUCUAUAGAUCAGGUUGUCAUCACACUCAGAGCAAUCAUCAUUCUCAACUUAAUUUUUAAAAUCUUUAUUUAGGGUUGGAGAGUUGGCUCAGCAGUUAAGAGCACUUAUUACUCUUGUAGAGGACCUGGGUCCAAUUUAUAGCACCUAUGUGGAGGCUCACAACCACCUGUAACUCCAGUCCCAGGGGAGCCGACACUCUCUCCUGGUACCAGGCACACAGGUGGUGUACAUACACACUUGCACACAAAACACUCAGCACAUGUAAAAUGGUAAGAUAAACACAUAUAAAGUGAACUUUCAGAGGACCCAGGUCCAGUUUGCAGCAGCCACGUGGCCACUAACAACUGGGUAGCUGCAGCUCCAGGGCAGCCAGUGCCUCGUCUGACCUCUGCAGGUGUCUGCAUGCAUGCGGUACACACACACACACACACCACAGGCACAUGCACACACAAGUAUUUUUAAAGAUGUAUUUGUUUUUAUUUUAUGUGUAUAUCUGUUUUUCUAGCAUGUAUGCGUGUGUAUUACAUGCAUGCCUGAUGCCCAAGGAGGCCAGAAGGGGGUGUUAGAUCUCCUGAAAUUUGUUACAGAUGGUUAUGAGCUACCAUGUGGUUCUGGGAACCAAAUCCAGGUUGCGUAGAAAAGCUACCAGUGCUCCUAAGCACUGGUUGCUCUCUCUCUAGACCCCCAUCUUACCGUUUGAUAACAGACCUCCUAAUCCAUGGUCUUUCUAGGCUCAGAUGCACUGUAUCCAUACGGCAUCUCAGAGCAUCGAGCACAGGGAAACUCCGGCAGCCCAGGGAGUGUUGUCUGAGUCGCCCAAAACUCCUGGCAACUGUCUGAAGGGUAAGAACCCUGCUAUCUGAGGAUAUAACAGUGCAGAUGUAGCCCUGGCAGGCCUCAGGGCUCCUGCUUCAUACUUCGAAACUGCACACUGGAGCAGCUAGGAAUCUUUUGGAACCAACAGGGAGAAAGAGAAGACAGUGCUCUGUGGAAGCCACACGCUUUUAUUUUGACAUUAGCGUUCAUGAGUGGUAACAGGCUCCUCACCCCUCACUUGCCCCUUCUUUGAUCCUUUUUCAAGAGAAUGUUUUAUAUUUGAUUUUUUUUUUUAGUUUAUUCAUUUUACAU